UCAAAACCAUUUCUUACUUUAUUUUCUUAGUUUCUGUAAUUCUGAAAAUUCCAAGAGAGCUUGAUUGCCCCCCUGUGAUCCAUUGUCAUAGUUAUGCAAUCAAGUUCUACGUUGCGGUAUAAGAUUUGAUUGCUAGUAGCUCAGAUUCAAUUCAACAACCUUAACAAUUUCAUAUUCUGUUUUUGGUAGCAAGUCCAAUAGCCUUGCCAAGAGAGAUAUUCAUAAAGGUUUUAACGAUUCAUAAUUACUUAAUGUGAUAAAGGAGCAUGACGAAGCCAAGCCACUAGUAGAGUUGUGAACAAGAACUGGACGAUGCAGUUUGGCAUUUGAUGUUUAAUCAAGGCCAACUUUGAUCUCCCUUACGUUUGUUGGAACCCCAUUUCAAAAAUCACAAUUUCUUGAUCUUAUAUAUAUGUCCAAGCAUGCCGGCGCUGGAGGAAUUCAGGCAGAUAGGAGAGGUAAUUGGGAGCCUUAAAGCUCUAAUGGUUUUCCAAGAUGACAUACAAAUAAAUCAGAAACAAUGUUGCUUGUUGGUGGAUAUGCUCAAAUGUGCCUACAAGACAAUUGCAGAAACCAUGAAACAGAACUUGAGGUUUGAAGAGAAGAAUAUCAAAUGGAAAAUUAUUGAGAACCCCUUAAAAGAGCUUCUCAGGGUAUUCAAAGAAGCAGAACAGUACAUCAAGCAAUCCCUGGAAAUGAAGGAUUUCUGGGCAAAAGCCAUAGUUCUUUACAAGAAUACAGAUUCUGUUGAAUUUCACAUCCACAAUUUGCUCUGUUGCGUUCCAAUUGUCAUUGAGGCCAUAGAAAUAGCAGGAGAGAUUUCAGGUAGUGACCAUGAUGAGAUACAGAAGAAGAGAUUCAUUUACUCAAUGAAAUAUCAGAAAGAGUGUAAAGACCCAAGAAUUUUCCAAUGGAAAUUCGGAAAGCAGUAUCUGGUUUCCGAGAAGUUCUGUGAAAGGGUAAGCUUAGUUUGGAAUGAAGACAAGUGGAUAAUGCAGAAUAAAAUUCGCGGGAAGAAGAAGAAUUCAGGUUCAUGUACUUUGACAAAGCACGAGCUACGACUUGCUGAUCUCCUCUUGAGGAACUUAAACGAGACGGAGACAGAGAAUGAUCACAAACUCUUACCUAGCUCAGUUCUUGUAAAUUCUAAGGAUUACCAGAUAAGAAGGCGAUUAGGUAGUGGAAGCCAAUACAAGGAGAUCCAAUGGUUGGGGGAAACCUUCUGUUUAAGGCAUUUGUUUGGGGAUAUUAAGCCCCUGAUUCCAGAGAUCACUCAAGAACUGAGUCUCUCUCAUCCAAAUAUAAUGCACGUCUCCUGUGGUUUCAGUGAUGAAGAAAAGAGAGAAUGUUUCUUAAUCAUGGAACUUAUGAACAAAGAUUUAUCUAGUUACAUCAAAGAGAUCUGUGGACCAAGAAAGCGCGUACCAUUUUCUCUUCCAGUUGCAAUUGAUUUACUGCUUCAGAUUGCAAGGGGCAUGGAAUACCUCCACUCAAAGAAAAUAUAUCAUGGUGAACUGAGUCCUUCCAACAUCCUUGUCAAGGCGAGGAACAUAACUACAGAAGGGUACUUACAUGCAAAGGUUUGUGGAUUUGGCUCAUCAUGUUCUAUCAAGCUUCCUCAGAAAGCUCAUGUGAGUCAAAAUAAUGGGACUCUCCCGUUCAUUUGGUUUGCCCCAGAAGUCCUAGCUGAACAAGAGCAGUCGGGGGAUGGAGGGAGCAUCAAGUAUACUGAGAAGUCUGAUGUGUACAGUUUUGGGAUGAUAUGUUUUGAGGUAUUAACAGGGAAAGUUCCCUUUGAAGAUAGCCAUCUACAAGGAGAUAAAAUGAGUAGAAAUAUAAGGGCAGGAGAGAGGCCAUUAUUCCCAUUUCACUCACCAAAAUAUGUGACAAGCUUGACAAAGAAGUGUUGGCAUACUGAUCCAUACCAACGACCAAGUUUUUCAUCCAUUUGCAGGGUUCUCCGCUACGUAAAGAGAUUCUUGGUGAUGAAUCCUGAACACGGCCAACAAGAUUCACCAUUGCCACCAGUAGACUACGCCGAGAUUGAGGCUGCCAUCUUAAGGAGCUUCCCCUUUUUAGGAAAUUCUGAAUCUGAUCCUCUGCCUGUCACACAAAUACCAUUCCAAAUGUUUGCGUACAGGGUGACUGAGAAAGAAAAGUCAAGCACAAGUCACAGAGACAUAAAUUCUGAAUCAGGAAGUGAUGGAGCUUCAGCAUGUGGGGAUGAUCCUGUAACAGCAGAUGAUCCACUUCCAUCACCAACCGAAAAGAAGAAUAUUGCAUCUCCUGAGAUUUUGAGCAGGAGACUUUCAAUUAAGAAACCUGCAGAUAUCAAAGUCGGCAAGCAACCAGGAACACCAAGGGGACGGUCGGUAAGACCUCCACAAAUACGCACUAUAAGGCAGAAUUCCGAAAGUCAGCUAAUGAUUAUGAACAGCCCAAGAACAAGGAGAUCAUCUGGUCAUGCAUCAGAUUCGGAGCUUCCUUAACUAGUUUCCAAAUUAUCCACAUUUUACAAUACAUUCUGAUCCAACCCGAUCAACAAAUAACAUGGUUGUGGUCUAAGAUAUUCAUUAUUGUUACUUGUUUUGUGUAAUAUAUACCACCCUAGUGUCUCAUAUAGGGAAGGGACUGGAAGUUCAGAACAGCGGCAUUUAGAGGCUCCUCAUUGAUCCUCAUUUAUCAGAUUAGAUUUACAACCCGGAAUUGUGUAAGAUUUGGAAGGGUUCCAAGAGGCAAUUCAGCUCCCUCAUUCAGCUUGCAGAGAGCAUAUUAGGCCGUGCGGACAAUUUUGGAGAAAAUCCUUGUUUUGGAGAAAAAAGUUUUUGCAAAAAGAUGUGUUUGGACAGUUGUAGUUUUUAAAAAUUAUGAGUGUUUUGUGAGUGCAAAAAGGUUUUUGGUUCAAAAGUGUCAAUUGUGCCUCCUUA